ACUACACCAUCGACUGGUCCUGCGCAGUCUCCAACCAGGCAGGGUUGUAUAGGGAGCCGAAGAUACCGUGUCGAAUCGACCUAUCGUAUCCAGCGCCAAGGCGUCACCCUAAGCGAAGUGAUCUGGAGCUCCCGCACAAAGAGCGGGGAUCCUGGUGGUCUUACACUGGCAUAGUGCCUGUGUGCUCUGUAGCGCAGGUCUGCGAAUGUUCGCUACCACUGUUGCAAAAUAUUUACCGCAAGCCUUGAACUCGGGCCGAUGUUGUGAACCAUACCCCGAGUACGGUUUGACAAGCUUUCAAUGGUCGCCUUGUUCCGACGCAUUAAGCAAACGAACAGCAAUUGGUCUUACAUUCGGACAAUGUCGACACUUCCGAAGCACUGAUGAACCUCAACGGGGCAGCAGGAACCUAGCACACUGUUGGCCAUGUUGUCAAUGCGGUAGCAACUUCCGCAUGAGUAUUGCGAACGCAGACGGCCGCGACUCUCUUCGAAUUGACACCGGAGACUUCGAAAUCGGCAUGAUGGCACGCAUAGAUACCAGGUCCAUGGUGUUCCGAUCCACUGGGGUAUACCCCGGUAGACCUCCCUUGUUUCGCAUGCAUAGCGGCUGACACGCUGUGCGGAGACGAAGUUCAGAGCGCACCUGUUCCAAUGUGGCUGACCGCUUCUCGCUUCUUAUAUGCUCAAGGUCUCUUGGCAGCACGCUUCACAGUGCUUAGAGUGGUGGUGGCAGUCCCUUGUCGGGAAACUAACUUUCAAGGCGCAAUUGUCAAACCUCUCGCCAUGUGGUC